AUGUCCUUUCCUCGUCUCCAUUUCAUUCUCGGUGCUCUCAUCCUCUACACUUGUUUGUACGAAAUGGGGAAAAAAUUCUACAAUUCGGAGAGUCUAUUUGAAUUCGAGAAUCCGUUCACAAAAAUAAAUCUUACGUCUGAAAGCAAGCAAUUAUCCUCCUCAGAGGCAAAUUCAACCGUGAAACCUAUCCAAAUCCUCUAUUACACGCAGCUUUUCAUGAAUCGAGCACAACCGACAUGGGUGUCGAAUGAAAGAUGUACAAAUGUGAAACCACAAAGUUGUCUCAUCCACAGUAAUCGCGAAUUCCUCAACGAGAGUGAUGCGGUCGUUUUCGAGCCACGUUUCGUCAAUAUGAGAUUAUCAACAAUCCCCCGGCGAGAGGAUCAAAUUUUCAUCUUUUCCGUAAACGAAUCCCCCCAGCGUUUUCGAAGGCCAGACAAGAGUGAAAACUUUUUCAACGCUUCAAUGUACUUUUUGAUGAGUUCCGACAUCCCAUUCAACAAUCGAUAUCGAUGGGUGAAUCAAGAAACGGCUAAAAGAGAAGGUCGUUUCUUCGAAGCAAUUGGAAUCAACGAGAGUUUUCUGGAACGUCCUCGAACGCAUUUCAUCAGUGCAAUGAUCGGGAAUUGUCAGAGUACGCCAAGUGGACGGACGAGGCUCGUCAAAGCAUUUGAAAGGCAAAACUAUUUGAGUCUUUUUGGCGGAUGUUCAGCGGUGAAAGAGCGGAAAAAUGCGUGCGCGAAGAGAGAUGAACGCUGCGUGCAAGAACUUUUCGAAGACUCCUAUUUCUACUUGGCUUUGGAGAACUCGGUUUGUAUGGAUUAUGUGACGGAGAAAUAUUGGAAUCGCACAACAUAUCAUUCGAUACCGAUUUUAUGGAGUAGAGAGGCGGCAAAGAAUCAUGGAAUUCCCGAGAAAUCGGUGAUUUACGUGGACGAUUUUGAAACGAUCGACACUCUUCUGGACCACUUGAAAUAUUUACGGGACAAUGCGAAAGCCUACGCCGAAUAUUUUCAGUGGAGAAGAAAUUACAUGUUUAUUCCCCACAAGGAGCCGCGAGAAUGCCUAUUAUGUGAAUAUGUCCAAGGGAAACCCAAGAAAAAAGUCUAUGCGGACAUCUACCAGACUUUCGCUCAACAAUCUCAUUGUGAAAAGAUUUUCACGAUGGACUCCUUCAAAGAAGUCUCUAAAGAUUAUGCCAAGAAAAAUGGAUGGUUUAAUGACUCCGCGAAGAUCGCGGAUGGGAGCUUUGCAAAAGUUUAUGCAAUUCCAAACACAGAACCACCACUUGUUGUAAAAAAUUUUUUUGCAACCGAUCAAAAUGAAGAUCAAAUAAAGAUCACAAACGAAAUAGCUGCCUUGCAAGAACUGUCGCAUCGACUUGUUAUCGGACACGUUGGGGAAUUGUAUCGAGAGACUCCACAAAGAGGAAAAAUCAUUGUUGGAAUUAUCAUGGAACGGAUGAAAUUUAAUUUGGGCCAAUGUAUCUUCAAUCCAACCAUCUCGUAUUCGAUGUAUACCGUUGUUUGCUGGAUGGAGCAACUCACGAUUAUUCUCAAACAUUUACAAGAUAAAAACUGGGCGCAUCGCGAUAUUAAGCUUAGAAACAUACUGAUUGAUCCGCUGUAUUAUUUGCUGUUAUGUGAUCUUGGAGAAUCGGAAAGAAACGGUGACAAUGAUAGUAUAAUGAAUGACAAAUACUAUUCUGGGAUUGUCUUUUGGGAGAUCAUUGAAAGAAGAAGCCUAUCUCACGCUCUGCCCGAAAAUCUUGACGGUAUUAAGAAAAUAGUUUAUGACGAGACGCAAUUACAAUGUCAAUACGAAAUUAAACAAAUCAUACAGUGCUUCAUGUCUUGUAAAUUUGGAGGCGAAAUCGAUCUCGCUGAGAUUUUGAAUAGCUUGAAAAACAUACGAGGUAAAUUAGAACGGCAGAUGUGUUUGGAUUUUCCCCUCAAAUUUGACCAAAAUCGGGAAGUGCUUUUGCGGCCAAAAUGGUUUAAUGAUAAAGCUUUUGACGUACCAGCUUUUGAUCAAGAUCAAGAAAAAGGAAGCGAGGAUCUUGAAGAUUUCGGGCAAUUUUUUGCAAAGGACUCUGGAAAUGUGCAGUUGGCUAUGGGAAUGACGCAGGUCUAUUCAUAUCUUACGGAUAAUCCAUUGUUCGAAAAGGAGCGUGCUGUGGAUAUUAAUAAAGUAUUUGUUGGCUCUGAAAUUCCUGAAAAGGAAAAAGAACUGAAGGCGAUCGUUUACUCACAACUGCACAUCGAAAAAUGGACUACCGGCUCAGUGGAUACCAGCGUACAUGUAAUUAGCAACGAU